AGCCGCACCUCCCUUCAGCCGUCUCCGUUUUCGUCAUUUCCUUCUCUAUUGAACCUGAAGUGAACGGAAUUUAACAGAGGCGAGCUCGUGUUGAUGCUGUAGAGAUCAUUUCCUUCAUAAUCAGUUGAAGCAUAAACCCUGAUUCGAGAAACUCUAAUCGAUUAACGAGGUGUUUUUCAGUGCCUGGCGACCAAGGAAAGCAUUUGACGGUAUUUGACGCAGGUUGGGUGUUCACUUAGGGUUUCUACAAUUCGUGAGGUUGAAUAGUGCAAAGUCCUUCAAGAACAGCAAAAAUGUCUCGAAAAGGUCUAAUGGAGCAGGAUUUGAGCAAGCUGGAUGUGGCACAACUACAUCCACUCUCCCCAGAGGUCAUAUCUCGCCAGGCUACAAUUAAUAUUGGUACCAUUGGUCAUGUGGCUCAUGGCAAGUCAACAGUUGUAAAAGCAAUUUCUGGUGUGCAGACUGUUCGUUUUAAAAAUGAGUUGGAGCGUAAUAUUACUAUUAAGCUUGGGUAUGCAAAUGCAAAGAUCUACAAGUGUGAAGAUGAGCGGUGCCCUCGACCUAUGUGUUACAAGGCCUAUGGAAGUGGUAAAGAGGACAGCCCUCUUUGUGAUGUGCCUGGAUUUGAGAACAGCAAGAUGACAUUGAUGAGGCACGUAUCCUUUGUUGACUGCCCAGGACACGAUAUUCUCAUGGCUACUAUGCUUAAUGGAGCUGCAAUUAUGGAUGGAGCGUUGCUUCUCAUAGCUGCAAAUGAAAGUUGUCCCCAACCUCAGACUUCUGAGCACUUGGCUGCUGUUGAAAUUAUGCGUCUCCAGCAUAUUAUAAUUCUUCAAAAUAAGGUUGAUCUAAUUCAGGAAAAUGUAGCAAUAAACCAACACGAGGCAAUUCAGAAAUUCAUCCAGGGAACUGUUGCUGAUGGUGCACCAGUCAUCCCGGUGUCUGCUCAGCUUAAGUAUAAUAUUGAUGUUGUGUGCGAAUACAUAAUAAAGCGCAUUCCUAUCCCAGAGAGGAACUUUAUUUCACCUCCUAAUAUGAUAGUAAUUCGGUCAUUUGAUGUGAAUAAGCCCGGAUCUGAGGUUGAUGAGAUAAGAGGAGGUGUUGCUGGUGGAAGUAUCCUCAAGGGAGUGUUGAAGGUAAACCAGAACAUCGAGGUCCGUCCUGGGAUUGUUGUCAAAGACGAGAGUGGCAACAUUAAAUGCACCCCAAUAUACUCUAGAAUAGUUUCGUUAUAUGCGGAGCAGAAUGAACUUCAAUUUGCUGUACCCGGAGGACUUAUUGGAGUCGGAACAACAAUGGACCCUAUGUUGACACGUGCUGAUCGGCUGGUAGGACAGGUUCUUGGGGAGGUCGGGUCUCUUCCCGAUGUUUAUGUUGAACUCGAGGUGAACUUCUUUCUUUUGCGUCGGCUGCUGGGUGUAAAGACAAAAGGAACCGAGAGGCAAGGGAAGGUAUCAAAAUUAGCGAAGGGAGAAAUUCUGAUGCUGAACAUAGGAUCCAUGUCGACAGGGGCUCGUGUUUUGGCGGUUAAGAACGAUUUAGCAAAACUGCAGCUCACCUCCCCAGUUUGUACGAGCAAAGGUGAGAAGAUUGCACUAAGCAGGAGAGUCGAGAAGCACUGGCGUCUGAUUGGUUGGGGACAGAUUCAAGCAGGUCUGACUCUUGAAAUCCCACCCUGCCCAAUUUAGACUUUUUAAGACCCACCACACAUUUGGAUUCCAGUUUUGCCUGCUGCUGCUGCUGCUGCUGCUACUACUUGAUUCUUAUAUGCUGUUAGAUUUGGUAGCAUUUGUGAUUUUACUACUAUCAAAACUUGUUUUGAAGAGGAGCUUUGCAUGUGCUAUAAACCAAUGGAAAGGAUACAUCUGCCUUUCCCCUUCCCCUUUCCCUUUCUUUCUUAAGGAAAAUUGAGAUUAUGCUACCCUCCAAAGUACUGGUCCCACGGCCAUCGUAAGAGAGAAAUUGCGGUGUCUUAGGGUGGGGCCAGAUUCGAACCCGAGACUUUGGUGUGGAAACUCCCUUUGCUUUUCUUCUUUUACAUUAUUGUCCUUGAUUGUUGAAGAAGACAUGAAAUGGAAAAUGCAAGCUUUUGGUCACC